UCUGCAACACACUGCCUGAACGUGUAAGCAUAAUGGUUUCAAAAGUAUCAUUCAAAAAGGAAUUGGAUAAAUAUUUGAAGGGAAAACAUUCACAGGUAUUUGGCGAAAGUUCAGGAAACUGGAACCAACUGGACAAUGAUGUCCUUCUUUGCUCUCUUGCUGAUGAAAAGCCUUCUAUGUAUUUCACAGCUUCAGGCCUUGUGGCUGAAAGGGCACCUACAUGACUUCACUUUGCAUAAACUUACUCAACCAGGAUGUGGCUUUUACUGCAGUUUACCAUUUCCUAUUCAUCUGAAGUUGUUUGACAUUGGCUUUUGGUCACAGUAUUUUAAAUAAUGUGACAUAUUUGUUUGGAUGCUUAAAGUGUGCACCAAUCAAAUGUUUAAUAUACUUCAAAACCAGGCAUCUAGUUAGCACUAGCACUGAAACAGUUGCUUAAAGUCAUUGAUAACCUUGGGUCUGGUACGGUAUCAGUUGCUGCCGUUUCAGGCAAAUUCUGUUAAUGACUGAACACAAUUGAUAUUAUUGUUAGUUAAAGCUGGAACAAAUGCCCAGAUUUGAUUUUGACGGAAAGAGUGGACGGGGGAUGGGGGAUAUUUCAAUUGAUGGUAUUUACUUUGAGAAGGUACUUAGUAAGGCUGUUAAUAAGGGACAAUUAAAGUGAAAGCUGGUGGAAUUGAAGGUGAAUUAUUAACUCAGCUCAGAAACUCAGCUGGGAAUGAGGUACAUGACUGGUACUCGCAACAACAGUGUGUGACAAGCAGUUGGGCCCACAGCUAUUCAUUGUGUUUAUAAAUGGUUUAGAUAAUGGGAUAAAAAGCCACAUGAACUAGUUUGGUGAUGCUGCAAAAAUGGCACAUCAUCAACUGUGUGGCAAGCAUAAUCUACAAUAAAUUUUAAUGAAUCCAGUACAUAGGAAAAAUAAUGUCCAAUAAUUAUCAGUGUAGGUCAUGAGGUCACUCAGUUUGGAUCUAAAAACAGAUUAAAGUUCUCCUUUAAAUGAUGAAAGACCAGAACUAGUGCAGAGAAAUAGCAAUGUGGGUGAAUGAUGAAAACAUUGCAGAGAGUCAAUGACGGAAAGGUUGAUCAGUUUUAUGCCUGAUGGACUUGAUCCCAAGUGGCGUACAUUAUGUUGCAAGCAUGAAUAGCCCUUGUUAAAUUACAUCUGGAAUACCAUCAAGCUGUCCAGGCAAUGCACAGUCAGAGAACAUGUACACAGAGUUCUGCAACAAUAAAAAUAAGCAGUUGAGAAACACACUGAGUGAAUAUCGUUCAUGGUUAAUCAUCAGGUUUGGGUAGAACAUUAAGUUAGGUUAUUCACUAGUUAGUAGGCAUCUCGUCAGAAGGACUGCAUUCAUCGGACCAAAUUUCUGAGUAUAUAAUGGUAAUAUGGUCAAAAUAUCAGGGAGAGCCAUAUAAGGGAAGAACAGAAGAAUGUUGAUAUGGUUCUUCAACAUAAAAACUAAAAAAAGAUGGCCUUUAGUUGAGCUCCAAAGAAGCUUUCUUUGGGACGUAUCCAGGUAAAGGCCCAGUCAUGCUAGAAUCAAGCAUCAUGGAAACCAGCCCUAUCACCCGCAGAGUCCGUGCUGACAAUCAGGACUAAAUCUACACUAAUCCCAUUUUAUUCUCUUUCCAUUUCCAUCAACUUCACUCAAAUUCUACUGCUCAGUUAUGCACUGGUGGCAAUUUGAGCCAACCCAAAUAUGAAUGAACUUACCAACCCAAAUAUCUUUGCAAACUAGGAAGCAACCAGAACACCCAAAAGCAAAAACCUUGAGGAGAACUUUCAAACUUCACAGAUACUGUGCCACAGAUUAGCAGCAACUUUACCACCUGUGCCACUGUGAUAUAACAUAAACAUUUGCUUGCUGGAAAUUUCCUAUCUGAUCGUGAUCCCUUGGGACUGAAGAUGACUUACUUCCUAUCCAGUCCUGUGGUUUAUGAGGUGACAGAUGAGGUCAAAGGUCUACCACAGAUGGGGCAGGAAAUACUUGAUGAAAUUGAUACUGGAGUAGAGUGAAUGUUAUGGGAGUCUGUCGCUGGGCAUGCGAAGGACAUGUACUGGCCAAUAGAAUUUCAAGUAUCAUGACCACAAGCUUUCCAGAAAGAUCUUACUUCCUGAGACUUCCCUCAAUCAAUCACUUAUUGAGACCUGGUGGAAGCAUCUGGUGGCAGGAGCAGUAGCUGGAGCCGUGUCUCGAACAUGGACGGCCCCUCUUGACCGGCUCAAGAUCUACGUACAGGUCUAUGCCAUAAAAGAGAGCCUGGAUCUGCUGAGCAGCUGGAGGGCGAUGGUGAAGGAGGGCGGCUACAUCUCACUUUGGAGAGGCAAUGGGAUAAAUGUCUUGAAAAUCGCACCAGAGACUGGCAUUAAAUUUCUAGCUUAUGAUCAGUACAAGAAGUUUUUCAGCGACAGCCACACCAAGUUGACCAUCUAUCAACGCUUUGCUGCUGGAUCUCUUGCAGGUGUCACUGCUCAGACCAUUGUCUACCCAAUGGAGGUACUGAAGACGAGACUGGCACUUGGAUAUACGGGUCAGUACAAAGGAAUCAACGAUUGCAUGAGAAUUAUCAUCAAAAUUGAAGGUCUUACUGCUCUAUACAGAGGCUACUUCCCAAACCUACUCGGAAUCAUCCCGUACGCAGGCAUUGAGCUUACAGUCUAUGAGAGUUCAAAGAAAGCCUAUUGCCAGAAAUAUGGGCAUAGCCCAAAUGACCCUGGUAUGUUCAUCCAUCUUGGCUGCGGCACCAUCUCCAGCACCUGCGGACUGCUGGGCAGCUAUCCCCUGGCACUUCUCAGGACCAAGAUGCAAGCACAUGCUGUUGUCUCAGACAAGACACAGGCAAGCAUGGUUCAACAUAUCAUCACCAUCAUGGAAGAGCAAGGCUUGAGAGGGUUUUAUCGAGGAUUCACACCCAACUGCAUGAAAGUUGUCCCGGCCGUGAGCAUCAGCUUCGUUGUCUAUGAGCAGAUGAGGAAUCUUCUUGGUCUCACCUACAAUUAAUCAGCAGAAAAUGUCUCAAAAUGUAACUAAUUCUUCCGAUAUUUCUCUUCGAUCCUGACCUGGAAAAUGGGAGAAGAAGUUGAAUAAUGGAAGGAAACAAAAGCCAUGUUGAGGAGCUGGAAGUUCUACCUCAGUCCAGAUUCAGGCAGUCAGAAACCACUUCAUCAGCUGUCACAUCAUCUCAGUCUCUAUAUACCAAAGAUUAUUCAACCAGUAAUCACACCCAGUCUAUGCAUCAGAGGUCAGCUCAAUAGUUAACUCAUUAGGACCAUCAAAAUCUAUGAGAAAGCAGAGCAAACUAAACAGCUAGUCAAUUAAAAGUUAGUUAUUCGCCAUUUCAUAUCGAACUAAACAACCAACAAGACAGCCAACUCAUCAUCAGUUUGCCAACCAAACUUUAGCAGGCCUGUUAAGUAGAAAUUCGAAGGCCAGCAAACUAUCAGGUUACCAGUAGCAGCAAGCAGUGAAAGAUACAGAGUCCAAAGGUCAAGUUAUCAACAGUUUAAGGGUCAACAAACCAAUAUGAAUAUUAGAUAACUAAAUAACAAUCAAACCCCAGUUAACUAUCAGAGAAUCAGUUACCUAACUGGAUAUCAACAUAUGGCCAGCUGACCAAAUAACAUAAAAAAUAACCAAGUAACCAACCAGCUAAUCAAUCAACAGAAGACUAGUUAAUUAUGGCCAGCAAAUCAACUAGCCAACCUACCAACCAUCUAGGUGUAGGAAGGUCAGCUAUCCAUCAAAAUACCAGAAAAUAACCUGGUAUCGGAAAGCUACUAAUGUGAGCAAAUAACUUAAUAAUAACCAACCAAUGGAAUGUCAGUCAAUCAUUAGGACAUUAAACAAUUUGAAUCCCAAUAAGCCAACUAUCUGGAGUCUAUUGAACCAAUAACAUGACCAUUGCUCCUUAGAUAACUAAUUAACCAAUUAAUGGAAGGCAUGUUAUCCAACUAACCUAAGGAGAGCCAAAGAAGAUUAGCUGAACAACCAAGUUAAAGAUAGCUAACCAGCCAACAUAGCAGCAGCUAACCUGCCAACAUAGAUGAUAACAAACCAACAUGUCAGCCAAACCAUAAUCAGUCGAGCAGCUAAUCAAGUUAGAAAGUAAUCGGUAUUACUCCAGCUAAGUAAGGAACAUGGCAACAAACCAAGUGGGCAUAUGAACGAGCCUAUCACACUAACAAGCAGGCCAGUUAAUAGUAGGGCCAACUAAUCAAACAUCGGAAGACUUGAUCAUCAGUUGCUAAUUGAGGUCAAAUUACCCAUCAGAAACUCUAUGAUCUAACUACCAAAGGACAGGCGAAGCAACAAUGACAGUUAAAUAACCUUGGGGGCUUACAUUCACUGAUUCUUAAAGACAACAAGACAUCUCACUAGUAUACUCUAUUUGUUAUAUUGGGACUGUAUGUGGAAGUUUGACAGCAGCUCGAUUAAUCAUCUGGUCAUGUUAAAUAUGUGAUUUCAAUGGAAACGGGGAUCCUGAGGAUGUUGCCAGGACUGGGGGUUGUUCUCUGUGGAACAGAGGAGGCUGAGGGAAGGCGAGCUGAAGAGAAUAAAGUUAUGAGUGAAAUAAAUAGAGAGGCUAGGGGUGAAACAUUGUGGCAUAGAUUUGGAGUAAUUGGGAAACAGAUUAAAGGAGAUAUUGAAGAAAACUUUUUUCAGGCAAGGAUGCUGCAUCUGUAGCUCACUGCUGGAAGGGUGGGAGUGAGAGAGACCCUUGCUGCAUUUAAACAAAAUAGCAAAACUCCGAUAUCUGCUAUCAGAUCAAUCAGAAAUCCUGAUGGUUCAAGCAUCUUUGAUCUUCCUAUUUGCUGGGACUGAGAUCUUUUAUUCCCAUCCUACUCACUGGGGCAUAGAUCCUGCACUUCCAUUUAAGUCUUGUGCUCUCUUUACAUAUACCAGGUUCACUGUAAAGCCAGCUGUCUGCUAAUCCAGCACCUCUGUUUCCCCAAGUGUGCCCUGUUAGUGGAGUUUUACUGCACCUGGAGUAAUUCACUGCAGGGUUAUGGAACUUGUGCCAGAAAAGGAUUUAGGUUUGGUAGCUACUUUUUACAUGAGUAUAGGCUAGAUAGCCUCUUUCUGUAUCAUAAAUGUUUUGUGAUCCUAAAUGUGUGAAAUAUUUUAAUUCUUCGAAACGAAAUAAAGACAUUGAAUGUAAAAAAGCAUCAAACUCCCACUAUACUGGUAUUUACUUUCUGUAGCAUUCUCUCCAUCCACAAUCACAUUUAUCUUUCCAUCAUAAAUAUUAAUAUUGUUUUGAAUAGGGACAGGUUUGGAUGUUAGGGGAAGAUACUUAAUUGGGACAAUGUCAUUUGGCAGAAGCAAGAGAAGGUGGAUUGGGAUGAGUAGUUAUUGGCUACAUCCACAGAUGACAUGUUGGACUAGUUUAAAACACAAAAUGCAGGAUCAGGAUGUUACAGGAUAAGUCCCCAGGGCCUGAUCAGAUCUGUCCCACGUCAUUGAUGGAGGCGAGAGGAGAUUGCGGAGGCCUUGAUGUGGACGGGGAAGUAAGAAGAAUCCAGGGAAUUAUAGAGAGGUGAAGCCUCGGGUCAGUGGUAGGGAAACUACUGAAUGAGAAUUCUUCAAGAUAGGGUUUAUUUUGACUGGAAUAAAAUUGACUAAUUAGGGAUAGCCAGCCCAGCUUUGUAGGCAGCCUGUCAUGUCUUACUAAUAUGGUUGACUUUUCGAGGAGAUGAUAAAGGAGGUUGAUGAAGGUAGGGAGGUGGUUGUUGUCUAUAUGGAUGUUCAUAAGGCUGUGAUAAGGCCUCUCAUGGUAGGCUGGUCUGGAAGAUUAAGAUGUAUGAUGACUUGGUCAUAUGGAUUCAGAACUGGAUUAUUCAUUGAAGACAGAGGUUUGUGGUAGAAGGAAGAUAUUCCGGCUGGAGGUCUGUGACCAGUGGGGUUCGACAGGGAUCUGUGCUGCGACAUCUGCUAUUUGUGAUAAGUUUAGUUAUUUGUCAUG